AUGAGUAAUAAUGAUACUAAGCUUAAUUUUUUGCAUCAAGAAAUCAAAAUAUUGACUGAAGAAAAUAAAGAAUUAAGAUAACUAAUUUAGAUGAAUAAAGAGAUUCUAAAGAUAUACAGAGGGCAAACUAAUAUUAAUGUAAAAACCUAUUAAAUAAAAUCAGUCAUUACCAAAUGCUUCUUUAUUUACUAUGGAAGCAUGCAAAACUGAAUCUAAUGAAUAUAGUGAAAUUCAAAGUAUGCUCACCCAUUUAAUAGAAGAAAAUUGUAAAUUGUUUUCUUUUAAUGAAGACUUAAUAAAUUAAAGAGAUGAAUUAAGAGCAUAGGUUAUUUGAUUAUAUGAUUGUUAGAAUUUACUUUUAUCUUAAAUAGGAAUAGAAAACUCUUAAACUAUGUUAGAUAUUUAGAGUGAAAAAUAAUCUAAAUUCAUUGACUUAUAAAAUUAACUUCUUGCUAAAGAUAAUCAAAUAAUUGAAUUAAAUGAACAAUUAUAAACAUUGUAAUAAAAAAAAAGAAUACGAACUAAAAUUGUAUUAAAUUUUUAAUAUUAAAGCCAAUAUCAGUAUAAGAAGAAUAUUUAACCUAUUAAAACUAAAUAGAAUCAAUGAGUAAAUUGUUAGCCUAAUAUUAUAAGGAAAAUAGAUUAUAUAAGUAAGAGAAUAAAAAGCUUUAAAUGUUGAUAGAAUUAGUUUAGAAUGAUAAAAUUGAUGAUCAUAGAUUAAUUAAUGAAUAAAGUCCUAAAUUAAAUGAAUCAAGUUUCGUUGAGAAUUUACCUAAUAAAAUUACAACAAAUACAAAUUUUUAAAUUCCUAUUCCAAAAUUAAAUCUUGGUAAAGCACAAAAAAUAUAAAAAUUAACAGUUGAAAAAUAGUUGGAAUAAGAGGAAUAAUAAUGUUAAUUUGACAAGGUUCUACAAAUGGAUUAAAAGAUUUAUUAAACAAAUAAAGCCUCAACUCCAUUAAAUAAAAAUGGUUAUUAUAUUAAUCCUAAUAAAUUAUUAAUAUAACUUACAUCUUUUGCAGAUUAAAAUAAGACACUUUCUAAAGAAUUAUAUUAAUGUAAAAAAAAAUUGUAAGAUGAAUUAUUAUUAAAUAAAGCAUUAGAAAGUAAGUUAGAAGAAAUGACUAGAUAUAUAAAUGAAUUGGAAAGCACAAAUGAACUUUUGAUUAAGUCCCAAAUCUCAAUGGAAAACAAUUUUUAAAAGCUCAAAUAAUUUAUUAUUUAAGGUAAAAAUUAAUAGUAACUUACAAAACACAAGUACAAUGUUUCUUUAUAAAAUUUACACUAAAUGAAUGAACAAACAAAAAAAAGAUGUAAUUCUGAGUACUGA